CAUUUUAAUCGCAAAAAUCCCAAUCUUCUCCCUCUAGAGAGAGAAAAGUAAAGAGAGAGAGAUAUAUAUAUAUAGAUAUAUAUAUAUAUAUAGAGAGAGAGAGAGAGAUAAAUUUUGGGUUUGUUCGUGUGCUUCAAUGGUUGAAUUAAAAACCUGGACAUAUGUGAGAUUUUUGUUUUAUUCGAUGGGUUUUUGAAGCUAUGAUCCUUGCGAACCCGGGUGCAAUGAACGGUGGCGAUGAGGUCGUCGCAGCUCCGGUAGGCCCGCCUCAUCCGCUGGAGUGGAAAUUCUCUCAGGUAUUCGGGGAACGCACGGCCGGCGAAGAAGUUCAGGAAGUUGAUAUCAUUUCAGCAAUCGAAUUUGACAGAACUGGUGACCAUCUUGCUACUGGUGACCGUGGGGGUCGGGUGGUUCUCUUUGAGAGAACUGAUACAAAAGAUAAUGGUGGCUCCAGAAGAGAUUUGGAGAGGAUAGAUUAUCCAAUUAGUAGGCAUCCUGAGUUCCGUUACAAAACUGAGUUUCAGAGCCAUGAACCUGAGUUUGACUAUCUCAAGAGCUUGGAAAUAGAGGAGAAAAUCAACAAAAUUAGAUGGUGCCAAACAGCCAAUGGUUCCCUUUUUCUUCUCUCUACAAAUGACAAAACCAUUAAAUUUUGGAAGGUCCAAGAAAAGAAGAUCAAGAAAAUUUCUGAUAUGAAUUUGGACCCUUUAAAAGGUGUUGGAAAUGGCAGUGUUGCUAGUUCGAGUAAUUCGGUUAACCCUAAGUCAUAUCUUGCAAAUGGGGGAUUCCAAGACAGAUUGAGUAAUGACUUCUCAUUCCCACCAGGGGGCAUUCCAUCAUUACGUUUACCAACGGUAACUAGCCAAGAAACCAGCCUCACAGCUAGAUGUCGAAGGGUAUACGCUCAUGCUCAUGAUUAUCACAUCAAUUCUAUUUCGAAUAACAGUGAUGGUGAAACUUUUAUAUCUGCGGACGAUCUUCGAAUAAAUCUUUGGAACUUGGAAAUUAGCAACCAGAGUUUCAAUAUUGUGGAUGUCAAGCCUACAAACAUGGAGGAUCUGACCGAGGUGAUAACAUCAGCAGAAUUCCACCCUACUCAUUGUAAUAUGUUAGCAUAUAGUAGUUCAAAAGGCUCAAUCCGUCUAAUUGAUUUGCGGCAAUCAGCUUUAUGUGAUUCUCAUGCUAAAUUGUUUGAGGAACUGGAAGUACCUGGUUCUAGAUCAUUUUUCACGGAGAUAAUUGCUUCAAUCUCAGAUAUUAAAUUUGGAAAGGAUGGAAGAUAUAUACUUAGUCGUGAUUACAUGGCUCUAAAGUUAUGGGACAUCAAUAUGGAUUCGGGUCCAGUUUCGACCUUCCAGGUUCAUGAAUAUUUAAGACCGAAGCUCUGUGAUUUAUAUGAAAAUGAUUCGAUCUUUGAUAAAUUCGAGUGUUGUCUGAGUGGUGAUGGAUUACGAGUUGCAACAGGUUCUUAUAGCAAUCUAUUUCGUGUGUUUGGAUGUGCCUCAGGAAAUACUGAGGCAACAACUUUGGAAGCCAGCAAAAACCCAAUGAGGCGCCAAGCACAGACCCCUGCAAGGCCUUCCAGAUCCCUGAGCAGUAGUAUAACAAGGGUUGUCAGACGAGGAGCAGAAAACCCUGGGGCUGAUGCAAAUGGAAAUUCAUUCGAUUUUACGACAAAGUUGCUGCACCUAGCAUGGCACCCAACUGAAAACUCGAUUGCCUGUGCUGCUGCAAACAGCUUAUACAUGUACUAUGCAUAAAGAUGAUCUGGGAAGAAACGUAUUUGCUUGAUUAGAUAUUUUGGGUUGCUGUUGGGAAAGGCUUUCUGCCUUUACUGCCUACCAGUGACUUGGAGGCCACAUCAAAUUCUCACAUUUCAAGUGCCCCACAAAAUAUUUUGCAUGUGCUUUUGGUAUCAAAUUCCGGAAGUGGCGGCCGGCAUCCACGAGGAAGCAACCUAACUUUGUUCCCGGGUGGGCAGCAUCUCUUUUUACUUCCUCCCUUGCCUCCUUUAACAAUUGCCAAAAUUUCUUUGCUUUUCCUUGUCCUUUUUUUUUUUCAGUAUCUUUUUCUGAAAGGGAAGAUGCAGUUAUGUCCUAAAUUUGUGUUGGGUUGAAGUCAAGAAAGAAAAUAUGAUUGUAGCUCUCCUACAACAAAACCCUGAAGAAUGUUCAAUAUAUGCCACUAGGUUUAAGAUAAAAUGUAGCUUUUACUCAGAAAUCUGUGCUGGGAUAGAGAUGUUGAAAACUUGCAGUGCAUCAAUUUUUUGAUUGAUUCUUUGUCA